AUGCCUUUCACGAAGCGCUUUGAUGCGGAAUGCAUCCCAGAGUGGCGAAAGGCUUAUAUUGAUUACAAGAGCCUAAGGGCUCUUGUUUACGCCAUUGAAAAGCAACAGACAAGCAGCAUCCUUCGUAACAACAUGGCGACAAGACCUGAUUCCGCUACAUCAUACGUCAACUCACCGCCAACACAGCUAUCGGAUGUCGUAGCACGCGACAUUGAAAGCGAACGUACACAACUAUCCAAUGCGACCGCUAGAGAGGAACAGCUUUCACAAGAUGACCUUGGUUUUUUAUAUAACCUGCUGACGCAUGGUACAGCACAAGAGAAAUUGUUCUUCGACAUGCUGGAUCAACAAUUGGAUAAGGUUUCCAAAUUCUUCAAUGAACGCGAGCAUGAUGCACGAUCUAAAUUUACGGCGUUGCAAAUCCAGAUGAAGCUAGUUUCAGACUAUGGCCAAUUGCUAAAGGAUGACGAGGAAACCAACGUGAGUGAGACAAGCCCAUUGCUACGGCAACAUCAUCCCGACAACCUGCAUGACAAUGACACCACUUGGCCACCAUUCCUUGAUAAAAAACAUCACCAACUCGACUACCAGGUUGCACGUGGUCGUUUGAAAAAGGCAAUGACCGAGUUUUAUCACAGCUUGCAGUAUUUACAAUCGUUCAAGGAUUUGAAUAUGCAAGCAUUCCAAAAGAUUCUCAAAAAGUUUGACAGGGCCGCUGGCUGGAAGGCUGGGUCCGUAUACAUGAAAAAGGUCAAGCAGCAUCAUUGGUCAACGUGCAAUGACGUUGAGCAAAUGAUUGAAAAAACAGAGGAAUUGUAUACGAGGACUUUUGCGCAUGGUAAUCGUCGUAAGGCUAUUCAGGCACUCAAAAUUUACCAAACAGCCGAGCCCCAUACCAGUGCCGCAUGGCGUGUCGGCCUUUACCUUGGUGCAUGCAUUAUUCUACUCAUUCAUACCGCGUAUUUGGCUUGGGAUCCCGAAACCAGCCAACGCAUACCCCACAUGGCAACUCACUUGCAGAUCUAUGCCGCAUUCUCGCUUCCUAUUCUCUUUUCAUUGGGCUUCUCGGUGAACAUGAUGGUUUGGACACGCUGUCGCAUCAAUUACAAAUUCAUCUUUGAAUUGGACCCAAGCAACAAUCUUGAUUACCACCAAUUUGCUGAACUCCCGGCAUUGUUUCUGCUGAUGUUGUCAAUGACCAUGUAUAUAGACUUUUCUCAAUUAUUGGAGCCAACGAUCUCUUCACAAUCUUGCCCAAUGAUUUUCUUUAUUGCUGUUCUAUGCAUUUGCGUUUGCCCAUUCAACAUCUUUUAUCGUUCAGCACGUAAAUGGCUUGCUAUUGCCUUGGGUCGCAUCAUCUUGAGUUACUUGUUCCCUGUUGAAUUCCCUGACUUUUUCAUCGCUGAUGAGCUUAAUAGCUUGGCCUACACCUUCUGGACCAUCACCUACUUUUUCUGCGCAUAUAGCUGUAACUGGACAGGAUUAGACGAGCAUUGCUAUGUAACCCAUAUGUGGAUAACGCCCUUCUUGGCAGCCCUACCACCUUGGUGGCGUUUCCUUCAAUGCAUUCGUCGUUAUAAGGAUUCUGGAGAACGUGUCCAUGUUAUUAACGCCAUCAAGUAUACAACCUCUAUUGCAGCCACUUUUGCCACUGCCAUUCGUCGUAUGAAACCUACGCCUGGUAUGGAUGUCGUGUGGAUUCUUUGCUCUAUGGUCAAUUCCUCAUAUACAUCGAUAUGGGAUAUCAAGAUGGAUUGGGGAUUGCUAGUGCCCCAAAGCAAGCAUGCAUUGCUUAGAGAUGAUUUGGUAUUCCCAGUGCCUAUCUAUUAUGUAUGUGCCGUUAUCAACGUAGCCUUGCGUUUUGCAUGGGCUUUAAACACGGCGGGGUUGACCUUGCACAGUGACAUUCUCGGCUAUCUCACUGCUGUGAUGGAAGCGUGUCGACGUUUGCAAUGGAAUUUCUUCCGCUUAGAAAACGAGCAUCUUAGCAACUGCGCUGAUUAUCGUGCCAUCAAUGAAAUUCCACUACCAUUUUCUCCACCCGAGGAUAUCAAGCAACGAGAAGAGCAACCCCUAUCACCUGUAUCAGAGGAAGAAGGAUCGAUCGAAUGGCCAACGCAAAGACUUCCUCGUCGUAUGCAGCAUCAACAGCUCCAAAGACAGUAUACCUGGGCCCAUACCAUCAAUCCUGCAGUUCCUACACGUGUUGGAUCGUUCUAUGGUCGUCGUGACUUUGAAGGCAAACGUGAAGUUAAAAAGCUACCAUUCGGAUACGUUAGCAUGGGUCGUAGUCCUAGCCGCAAAACAUCCGCGAAUAGUAGUGAUGACGAUGACGAUGAUGAAGAUGAUGAAGAUGAUAAUGAUGAGACUACCCAUAUGUCACCUAGACAAUAG